UUCCUCCGGCCAUUCAUCCCCAUUGACCACUGAGGUAGCCAUGUCCCCCAUCCCCGUCCCCCGAUCCCCUCCUUCUUGCAUACCGGGGGUGGGGUCCGGAUCACCGAGGCACCCUUGGAACAUCCUUGAGGCUGCAUGGGUUGGAGCUCAGCCUGCCCCUUUCAUCCUAUCCCCGGGUCCCGGGGUGGGACUCCUCCACCAUGGGGCCCCUAUUGUGGUGGUGUCUGGUUAAUAAAGCUGACGGUGGCCCAGCCCAACAUGCCCGCCCGUCCUAUUCAACUUGACUAUUGUCUUUGUUCUAUUUCAUCUUCCUCUCCUUUCCUCGUCAUCGGGCUGUUGCUUGCAAUAAGGCUUGAAGCCAACAAUAGUGUUGAUCACUUCCAACCCGAUCCUUCAUCUUCUGUCCUUUUCUUCUUCAACUCGAAGCCUUGAAUGUGCUUCAUUUGCUUUCCUUUUCAAAAUCGACAGUCCAUCUAGACACCACUGAGGAACGAGUCGUUACCUGCAGCUCACAUUUGCCUUCCUUCUCUUACGACCUGAUCACACUCAACACUCGCUGGACGACAAAG